UCAGUGGGCGCCCGCACGCUACCAAGUUAACGUUUUUUCAUUUGUUGUAUUUGUAUAGUUAUUGGAAAAUAAUUAACAAUGGCUGACGAUAAAUUGGACAAACGGAGUGAGGGUUGUGAAAGUGAGAGUGACACCCCCACCGUGAAUGUGGAAGAAAUUGUGGUGGGGCGGAAUGAAUUAAGUGCCAUCGUCAAAGGUCUGGACGCCAACCGCUAUGCAACGAAGAAGACAGUGGCGCAGGGCAUGCUGGACAUCGCCCUGCUGACCUCCAACGCGUCCCAGCUUAAGUACGUGCUCCAGGUCGGGCCCAAGCACGAGUUCUACACGCUCCUGGUGGUGCUCAUAUCCAUCUCUAUAGUGUUGCAGGUUGUCUCCGCGAUAGUCGCUCUGGUGCUGAGCAGCAUCUUUAACAUUAACCAUCAGCCUGACCAUCGCAAAGCAGAGAUCCUGAACAACACGAGUCUGGCCUUCAAAGUGAUGAGCAUCACUCUUAACAUCAUCAUCAGCAUCUUGUACUCUAUUCAAAUCGACAGCUUUGUCAUUGCCAGAGCUGAGGAAGGGUUUUGAUUAGUUUUUUAUUUUUUUUUGUUUUGUUCUUUUUAUUUUAUUUAGAUGGUUUUUUUAUGUUUACUUGUUUUUCGUUCACUCAAAAAGCUCUACGUAUAAUGUGCUGAGCCAGCCGAAAGGUGAUGAUAUUAUGAAAGCAGGUUUAUCUAAG